AUGGCGCCCUGCAGGUUCUUUGCCAGGGGCAAUUGCGCCCGCGGCACAGAUUGCCGCUUCGACCAUGCGCAACCUCUCCCUCCUCGUCGCGCCCCCGCGGGCGCCGACACCCCAUCGCCGCCCAAGCCUGUUUGCAGGUUUUACGCCCGGGGGGCGUGUCGAAACGGCCCUGACUGCCGUUACCCCCACCCUGCGAACUCGGACAACAGUCUGAGCCAGGUGGCUGCUGGGACUCACACGCACGAUUUGUCUUUAGCCAACGACAUCUCUCAAACAGAGAGGUCUUUCAAGGGAGCCCGCGUCCGCAUCGGCGAAGGCACCCAGAUCCUCGAUGUGAAGUUCCCAUCAGACGACACUGGUGUACGUGGACAUCCACCGACCACUAAAGUACAAGUCUCGACCGUUCUCUGUUCAUGGUACAACCCUUCAAGAAUCGUGUGGCUUCACUACCGAAGCAGUCGUUGGGCAACAAACGCCAGUAAGAGAUUUGAAAGAAAGCUUCAAGGCCGUCAGGUUACAAGCAAGAUACAACCUCCAUCCAAGCGGAAUGGGCGGCCAAAGUCGAUCUGGUCGGUGCAAUUAAAUAAUGUCUCCGUCGAAACCACGACGAAGGAUCUACAGGAGCAUCUCAGAGGCGUUGAGCCAGACGAUAUCGUGUUUGGGAAGCCGACUUCACAAAAAACCCAACAGGAAGCUGUGGACUGGGUCGAAGAGCACCUGAUGCAGACUGGCCGCAAGCUACGAUCGUUCAACAUCGAGCCGACUGCGUCUGGCUCUCGCACGAAGGCUUUUGCGUGUUUUGAGUCCCCGUCUGACGCCCGAGAUGUGGUCGCUCUUGUACAAACCAAUGUCCCAGACCUGGGGUCAAGAUUAUUUGUCGAAACAGUUGCCGCUGUCGCAAUCCCAGUCCUCCGCGACCUUCACUCUGUCCUCAAAGAUAAAUUGGAGGAGCUCCAAUCCAACAACAAGGGCCAGGUCAGCAUUUCUGCACAUGUCCACCGCGAGGUCAAGCUUGUCAUGUUGAGGAUCUAUGGGCCAAGACCACAAGAUGUGGCGCGUGUCAAAUCGAAACUCGGAGAGAUGUUGACUGGCACAGUUGUGCUUGACGAUGGCGGCUCGGCUUUGUGGCAUGACUUUUUUGCCAAAGACGAAGCCUUGUCAUGCUUUAAAUCUAUCUCUCAAGACGGCAAGAUCUUUAUUUAUCGGGACUUGCGAAAGCAACAACUUCAGCUGUACGGGUUGGAACCUCUAUUCGAAGAAGCCCGCCGCACAAUCAUCCAACUUCUCAACUCUCACUCAUCAACCCAUCUGAUAACUCUAGAAGGGGAUCUCUUCAAAGCGGCAUUGUCUGGAGGUUUCCGCCGCUUGGUCAGGAAAUUUGGCAGGAACAAUGCAAAAAUGGACAUACAGCGAAAACCGCCAGCCAUAAUAUUUCAAGGUAGUCCUCUUGAGACAGAACUGGCCAGGUCUCUCCUUUUCGACCGCACUUCCAAGGACGCAGAAGUCCACCAAGCCGAUGAUCAUGAGGAAUGUCCCUGCUGUUUCUCGACUGUUGAGGAUCCUGUCAAACUUCACUGUGGUCAUACCUACUGUCGCGGUUGUUUCGAAGGUCUAUGCGAAGAGGUGAAACAUCAGAAGGUCCCAAUCGUGUGUUUCGGGAAUAGCAGUCACUGUGGCCAAGUUGUUUCUUUGAAAGAGCUCAAGGAAAUUCUCCGCCACGACAAGUUCGAAGCAAUCUUGGAAGCUUCCUUUGGCGCGCACAUCCGAUCCCAACCUGAUAAGAUGCAGUACUGCCCGACGCCUGACUGCCCGACCAUCUACAAAGUCUCCGACGAAGCCAGUGUGUUUACAUGCGUCAACUGCUUGACCUCGAUCUGCGCCAGAUGCCGAAAACUGAGUCACGACGGACUCACUUGUCAACAGGCCCGCGACGAGAGCACGGCAUCUCGCGAGACGGAGCGGUUCAAAAAACGAAACAACAUCAAAGACUGCCCGGCCUGUGGGACAGCAAUGUACAAGGAAGGGGGCUGUAACCACAUGGUCUGCCAGGGUUGUGGCACGCACCUUUGCUGGUUAUGCCUGGAGAGGUUCACGGUUGAACUCGAGUGCUAUCGCCAUUUACACGAUGUGCAUGGCACGAUCGGCAACCUGGAUCCCGCCGAGUUGCAGAGAGUCGAAUUGGAACGCGCAGACAUGGAUCCGGGCCUGGUGCAGCAGAUCCUGGGACAAUGGUUGUAG